UGCGAGUUUCACACCAUUUAUAGGAAGAACGUUAUUCAUGAUGGCUCUGUAUUCCCCACCGAGCAUGACCCCGCCACGCCCACAACGCAUGACCACCACCGCAUGUUCUCCUUUGCCCUUGAUUGGCAAAGCGCCCCGGUGAAUCGUCUCAGCGUGGCGAGGGUAUUGGAGGGUGACGAUUGGGAACGGGUGGCGCAGCGACUGGGCUGCAGCGUGGAUGAUCUCAAGGAGGCGAACCCGGCGAUCGAGGGACUCGAGGCAGGUGCGGUUCUUAACGUUCCCGGCGGAGCCUCCCGUAGACUCACAAGCUUCGGUGCAGCCCCACGUGUGCUGCCACUUCAGAACCCCAACAAUGGAAAACGCAUCCGCAACUGGGAAGAUGCCGCGACUGUCCUUGAUUGCACCGUGGAAGAGCUACAGCAGGCAAAUGGCCACGCUGCACUGACGUACAAGCAGACUGGCGAGAAUGGCGAAGGCGAGUUUGGCCCAUCCGUCACAGAGCUGAACGUCCCGCUCUCGUGCUGGGUGUCAACCCCUGAAACGGAGUUCAGCCCAGUCGAGCUUGUGUUCGCCGGUGACACAUUCGCCACCAUUGCACAGCGUCUGCGGUGCAGUGAGGAAGCUCUUAAAAAGGCAAAUGAUGGGCAGAGCGAUCUGAGUCAUGCUCGCUUUGUGCGUGUCCCGGCAGAGGCGAAAGCGCCAAGGCGAUUAUUGGAACCACAGUUGCGUUCGCAGGCUGCAACAGAUGUGCUAAUGACGCGAACCAUUGCGGAGGAAGCGGCUUAUGGAAUCAAAAACAUCCCCGAUCUCCCAUCCAACGCGAACAAGUUUCCGCACGAGUACCACACCCCAACCUCGCGCUUCCCGACAACACCAAAAGAAAAGGAGUCAGAAAGCGACUGGAUGGCCUACACAGCAAGGUACCUUGACAAGCAGUUCACGCAUACGACCGAACCCACACCGAUCUACAAUGUGAAUAAACUCUGGCCCAUGCAGCAGGUCCCUGGCAAAAUAGACCAGACACCCUUCGAGGAGGAUCAGACAUGGCUACUGAAUCCCAUUCCUGUGCAGCAAUUGGAACAACACCAUCCUGAAAAGGACCUUCAAGACCUCCCAUUUGUCAAUCACGAACAGUUUCCACGCUCGCUGGAAUGGACCGCACCCUAA